CACUCACGGGGACAUGUUUCAGUUUGUCGGCAGUAGCCUACUAAGUGGAGCGAAUGGUAGGAAUUCAAAUUAUGGGAGUGGCACAUCCUGUGAUAUGGCUCAACCAUAAAUGGUAGAGUUGCAUAUAGUGUGACGACGUUAUCGUGCAUCCUUGAACAAAUUUAGGAGAUCCGCACUUAUCAGCGUGGAAACUUCCAAAACUAUUCGCUCAGCUUUGCCACGGUUCCUUCUAGCUACAAAGUAGCCUCCUCGAAGUGUGUUCAUUUUAAUAACAAAUGUCAUAUCUGACAGGCUGUAACAAUUUUUAUUUUAUAAGUCGGUUUCGGCCAGUUUGGAAGUAGGCUAUGCCUCUACGAGUUGUCGUGCAAGGUCCUGGACCUUGGGGAUUCCGUCUAGUUGGUGGGAAAGAUUUUGAACAACCCUUGACUAUCUCGCGGGUCACUCAUGGCAGUAGGGCUGCACAGGCCAAUCUGUGUAUCGGGGAUCAGAUCCUGGCCGUAGAUGGAGAGCCCACCGAGAACAUGACUCACCUGCAGGCACAGAACAAGAUCAAGGGCUGCUUAGAGGAAAUGGUCCUUUCUAUUGACAGAUCCGAAUCUAAAAUGUGGUCACCGCUCUCUUCUGAGGAAGGAAAGACCAACUCUUACAAGAUUAAUCUUGCAUCUGAGCCGCAGGAGGUGAAACGCAUAGGUUCCGCCCACAACAGGAGCGCCCUGCCAUUCGCUGGGUUCGGCCCCAAGGUGGUAACCAAUCAGUACAACAACCCUGCCGGUCUGUACUCCUCAGAGAAUAUCAAGGACUUCAACGUGACUGUGGAUGGCGUGAAAACCAUCGGCACUGCUGCUAAUGAGCCCAGCACCGUCCCAGAUCCGUCCGGAAUUCUGCCACCAAUAGUGGCAGACUCUGAGGUCUACAAAAUGCUGCAGGAAAACCAAGAGGCUGAUGAGCCUCCUCGACAGUCAGCUUCAUUCAAAGUGCUGCAGGAUAUUCUGGAGUUAGAUCCUGAUAAGACCUCUGGUUUUAAGAGUGUGAAAGCGCCUGCCACAAAAAUUGGUUCAACAGUGAGACAUGCAGACAAGUUACCAAUCUGUGACAAAUGUGGAUCAGGGAUUGUGGGGGUGGUAGUCAAGUUACGGGACAAGUUCCGUCACCCCGAGUGCUACACCUGCUCAGAUUGCGACCUCAACCUGAAACAGAAGGGACAUUUUUUCGUGGAGGACCAGAUCUACUGUGAGAAACACGCACGUGAGCGAGUGACUCCACCCGAAGGCUAUGAUGUGGUCACUGUCUUUCCCAAGUAGAGCUGCUCAUUGAACACUGCCUCAAACUGCACAUUACCUAUUAGUGUCUCCAAGAUGCCAUUCAUUUAUUUAUAAAGCCCCAAAAAAAAGCUA